ACAUUGUUUCUCGCAUUAGUGUGCGUGGAAAGAAAAUUCUCAUCGAAAAAGCAAAGAAAAAAAAUUUAAAUGAAAUUUUUGAAAAAUGACUGAAAAUCAGAGUGUAAACGUAGAAAUGAAACCACCAAACAUAUCGUCCGUAGAUUCGGGAGCCACACGACAUGGUCAACAUAAAGCAGCAGCAAUGGAAGUGACAAAACCUUUGGUGAAAAGUAAAACGUCCAUGAGAGAACAAUCAAUAAAACAAUACAAGCUGCUUAAGACGAUUGGAAAAGGUAACUUCGCAAGGGUGAUGCUUGCUCGACACAUGCCCACCGGUAGUGAAGUUGCUAUUAAGAUCAUCGACAAGACACAGCUUAACACAAAUUCUCUCGAAAAACUCUUUCGUGAGGUUUCCAUUAUGAAACUACUGAACCACCCGAACAUUGUCAAACUUUAUGAAGUAAUUGAAACAGAAAAAACGCUCUAUUUGGUCAUGGAGUACAUUAAUAACGGUGAAGUGUUCGAAUAUCUUGUGAAGAAUGGUAGAAUGAAGGAGAAUAUUGCACGACAAAAGUUCCGACAAAUUGUGUCCGCUGUUCAAUAUCUUCACAGCAAGAACAUUAUUCAUCGUGAUCUUAAAGCUGAAAAUCUUCUUCUCGAUAGUAAUUUAGAUGUGAAGAUAGUAGAUUUUGGAUUCUCCAACAUGUUUGUUGAGGGAAAUAAAAUGGACACAUAUUGUGGUAGUCCACCGUAUGCCGCACCCGAACUGUUUCAAGGGAAGAAAUAUGACGGUCCUGAAGUUGAUGUUUGGUCGUUAGGCGUUAUUCUUUAUACCCUCGUGAGUGGCUCACUGCCUUUUGAUGGCACAACACUUCGUGAGCUUCGUGAACGUGUUAUUCGCGGAAAAUAUAGAAUUCCAUUCUACUUGUCGACUGACUGUGAGGCUCUCUUGAAGAAAUUUCUUGCUCUCAAUCCAACAAAACGAUACACACUUGAGCAAAUCAUGAAAGAUAAAUGGAUGAAUCAAAAUGAGGAAGAAUUAAAGCCAUAUGCAGAGCCAAAUGUAGAGCUUAACGAUCCGAAGAUUGUCGAUGCACUUCUCCAUUUAAAUUUUAAGAUGAAUGAUAUUGAACAAUCGCUGACGAAACGAAGAUUUGAUGAGAUUUAUGCAGCAUAUUUGUUAAUUCAGAAUGGAAAUCGAAAGUUAAGUCGAUCAAAGCCAGAGAGCUUAACAAGUAUAGCAAGUAAUUCAGCAACUGUGCUGCCAUCAACUUCAUCGCCUUCAGGAUCAAAAUUGAAGAAUGAAACGACCACGAAUGGCGACGGACUCAAAGAGACGUCAUUCAUGAAUAACAAGGUUGAAGAUGUGAAAACUGCCAAACACAACGACCCGCCUUCACCGGAAAUCGCACCGAAUAACUUCAAACGACAACAUACAAUUGGUCCUGAAUCUCUAAAAGAGCGAAAUGCUGCUAUUCGUUUGCAUACAGCAUCUGGCGCUUCUAGACCGAUUUCAGCAACACCCAAAGUGACUGCUGAACGGGGACUUCAAAAGAGUCCACAAAAGCCUUUGCGCGCAUUUAAACCUGAAACUUCAUUGAGCACAACAGCUCAAACGCCUCGGCGUCCAAAUGUCAAUGUGUACAAAAAGGUUGAAACGACAACAGCAAAUACAAAGGAUACUCCGUUAGUGACACGUCUGAAUACUGCUCAGGCUGCUCAAAGCUCAUCAAGUGCAGCAUUCUCUCGUAAUGGACCGUCACGUUAUACAUUUCAUUCCGGGCAAUCGCGUUUACAACCGCGAGACCAUAGCCCGCUUGAGUCUAAAGCUGAACCGCCACCAUUUGGUGCCAAAGGCAACUUCCUACAACGAUUGACCACGAGAUUCUCAAAGCGAUUUCGCUUAUCGCAAGCUAAAGCAACCACCGAAAGCAGCAACAGCAGUAAGAACUGAACAUGUACUUUAGUGUCGGAAAAGUAUAAUAUCAGAAUAUCAGCAAAUGGGCGAGACAUGUAAAAGAACACAAAAACAUUUUUCAUAAUUACGAAAGAAAGAGAGAUGAGAAAGAUUUGAAAGGAAAUUUGAGGGACAUUUCUUUUCUAGACAUAUAUUUCACGCAUAAACAAGCAAAAAACAACUCUUCAUUAAAUAAUUUUCACUAAUUUAAUAUUUGUUUUAGAGUUAUAGAGCCAUUUAAAUAAAAAAAAGAUCCUUCUGAUAUAAGAAAACAACAAAAAAAAAACAUGUAUAGAAGCAUUAAAAAGGAAUUUUAAAUUAAAAAAUUGUUUGAAAAUCCAAA